AUGGCGGCCCAGAAAAUAAACGAAGCCCAUGAACAUAUAGCCAAAGCCGAGAAAUGCUUGAAGACGAGUCUAACAAAAUGGAAGCCGGAUUUUGAUAGCGCUGCCUCUGAAUAUGCUAAAGCAGCCGUGUGCUUCAAGAACGCCAAGCAAUAUGAGCAAGCCAAGGACGCUUACCUGAAGGAAGCCGAAUACCACACCGAAAACAAGACGCUUUUCCAUGCUGCCAAGGCUAUCGAACAAGCGGGAAUGAUGAUGAAAGAGCAGAAGAAGAUGCCCGAAGCCAUCCAGUACAUCGAGAAGGCGUGCAUGAUGUAUAUGGAGAAUGGGACGCCCGACACCGCUGCCAUGGCUCUGGACCGUGCUGGCAAGCUGAUCGAGCCCCUCAACAUUGAGAAAGCAGUUGAUUUGUACCAGAAGGCUGCCGGUGUGUUUGAGAAUGAGGACCGUUUGCGUCAAGCCGUGGAGUUGCUGGGCAAAGCUUCCAGGUUGCUGGUGCGCUUAAAAAGGUUGGAUGAUGCUGCCGUGGCUUUGCAGAAAGAGAAGAACAUGUACAAGGAGAUUGAGAACUUUCCAAUGUGCUUCAAGAAAACGACAGCUCAGGUUCUGAUCCACCUUCACCGAGGCGACUACGUGGCAGCUGACAAGUGCGUCAGGGAGAGUUACAGCCUGCCCGGCUACAGUGGCAGCGAGGACUGCGUCGCCAUGGAGACGCUACUGCAGGGCUACGACGAGCAGGACGAGGAUCAGGUGUACCGCGUCUGCAAUUCCCCUCUGCUGAAAUACAUGGACAAUGAUUACGCUAAGUUGGCCAUCUCGCUGCGGGUGCCAGGCGGGGGAAGCAAGAAGAAGAAAGCCAACGCGGCACCGGCUGGGGGUGCCGGCGGUGACGCUUCCGCCGCCGAGCAAGGCGACGAUGACGAAUACGAGGGUGGCCUCUGUUAG